CUGUGGGCCCACCUGCCCAGAGGGAACCCCCGUGAGUGCUAAGUCGUGGCGUCCGCCCCACUGUCCUCUCCCCUUCCCAGCCCGCGGAAAGGUCAAAAUGUCCUUGAAGUCCGAAGAUGACCCGGAACGGACCCGUCGCACCUGCAUGAUGUCACAGAGUGAAAAGCGGAGCGGGGGCUGAAGCCCGGGAGAAGUUGGACUGUUGUUGGUCCUCAGGCCGAGGAGUUUUGUAACUGCCCUUAUCUCGUCCGAGAUGGCGGUCUCGCACUGUCCCUGCUGUUCACAAUUUCUCAAGAGACAGGACCUUGUGUGUUUCCUCAGAAACCCACACUAUGGGAGCCUCAUUUAUGCAGAUGGUCAUGGUGAAAUAUGGACAGAUUGGAAUAAUAUGUCUAAGUUUUCCCAGUAUGGAUGGAGAUGCACCACUAAUGAGGAUUCAUACUCGAACCGUACCCUUAUUGGCAACUGGAACCAGGAAAGAUACGACCUAAAGAAUAUCGUACAGCCCAAACCUUUGCCUUCCCAGUUUGGACACUACUUUGAAACAACGUAUGGUGCAAGCUACAACAGCAAAACGCCAGUUUCAACCCAGAGGUUUAAACGACAGCCUCGCUGGUUUCCAGGACAUCAACCUGAACUGGAUCCUCCCCGAUACAAAUGCACAGAAAAAUCAGCUUGUAUGACCAGCUAUACAAGGCCCCAAAUGGAAAAUCCCCCUCAGUGCAUAUGUGAUCCGCAGUUUGUCCAAUUUCCGGGUCCAGCAUCCUGAGAAAGAAUAAGUUUCAUUUCUGUGGAGUAGGAUGUAAAAGAGAGUACACAUGUAAACACAAGUGAAAACGUAGCUCACUGUAACCCAGUAUCGUUAGGAAUAAAUAAAGCACAAGACAGAGAGAAUAUUUUCUAUUGUCUGUUUGUUUUAACCAAGACUUAAAUGUCAGAUUUAAGAAAUUUAAUUAGUAAUACCUAUUCUUAGUUCUACAUUAGAGGUACUGUAGAAAGCAUGGAGAACAUACCGUUUCUCUCAGACAUGACAUUCUGGAGGUACAAAC